CUCCAAGGUUUAGAAAAUUAACACCAAAGAUGUUAUCUGAUAUAGAAAAAUAUGUGAUACAAGGUCGAAUGGAUUCCAGUUCUAUUUAUUCUUUACUUAGCUAUGACUAUCCAAACAAUCCUAUCUUUAAAAAAGACCUGUAUAAUACGGAAUUAGACUCUUCAUGGGUAGUUAAACUAUACUUAGAACCAGUAUCCAAAAAAUUAAAUAGGUUAUUGUAG